GUUGUUUAUCCGGCAGUUAGCUGCUUCUUCGACGUGCGAGCAGCAACCAUGGCGAGCGCUUCGGGAAAACAAGCGCCCAAAAUUGUCUCCAAAGCGUCUGCUGGAGGGCCUGGGGCCGCGGGGGUUGGCGGCGUGCCCCCGAUCAUGCCCCUCGCCUCUCCACUCAUGGGGAAGAAGAAGAAGCCGUUCCUGGGGAUGCCCGCUCCGCUCGGCUACGUCCCCGGUCUGGGCAGAGGUGCAACUGGUUUCACCACCCGAUCUGAUAUCGGUCCUGCUCGUGAUGCCAACGAUCCAGUGGAUGACCGACAUGCACCUCCGGGGAAAAGAACGGUUGGGGACCAAAUGAAAAAGAACCAGGAAGAAGACGAAGAAGAUUUGAACGACACUAACUAUGAUGAGUUCAAUGGAUAUGCUGGUAGCUUGUUCUCCAGUGGGCCCUACGAGAAGGAUGAUGAAGAAGCAGAUGCUAUAUAUGCAGCACUGGACAAGAGGAUGGAUGAAAGGCGCAAAGAAAGAAGGGAGCUGAGAGAAAAGGAAGAAAUUGAAAAAUACCGUAUGGAGCGGCCCAAAAUCCAGCAGCAGUUCUCAGAUCUAAAGAGAAAGUUGGCAGAGGUGUCGGAGGAGGAGUGGCUGAGCAUCCCUGAGGUGGGAGAUGCCAGGAACAAGCGCCAGAGAAAUCCCCGCUAUGAGAAACUCACCCCUGUUCCCGACAGCUUCUUCUCCAAACACCUGCAGAGCGGAGACAAGAACACUACUGUUGAUCCUCUGCAAGGGCUGGGAGGUCUGAACACACCUUACCCAGGAAGCAUGACCCCAGGCUUGAUGACACCAGGAACAGGAGAGCUGGACAUGAGGAAAAUUGGCCAGGCCAGGAACACACUCAUGGACAUGAGGCUCAGCCAGGUGUCUGACUCAGUGAGCGGACAGACAGUGGUGGACCCCAAGGGUUACCUGACAGAUCUCAACUCAAUGAUCCCUACACACGGAGGAGACAUCAGUGACAUCAAGAAGGCUCGUCUGCUGCUGAAAUCAGUGAGGGAGACCAAUCCUCAUCACCCGCCUGCUUGGAUUGCUUCUGCCAGGCUGGAGGAGGUGACCGGCAAACUGCAGGUGGCCAGGAAUCUGAUCAUGAAAGGCACAGAGAUGUGUGCUAAGAGUGAGGAUGUGUGGCUUGAGGCAGCCAGGCUCCAGCCCGGCGACACAGCUAAAGCUGUCGUAGCCCAGGCUGUCCGCCACUUGCCGCAGUCGGUGCGCAUCUACAUCAGAGCGGCAGAGCUGGAGACGGACGUCAGGGCAAAGAAACGAGUCCUCAGAAAGGCCCUGGAGAAUGUUUCCAAGUCUGUUCGACUGUGGAAGACAGCUGUGGAGCUUGAGGAGCCAGAGGAUGCCAGGAUCAUGCUGAGCAGAGCCGUGGAGUGUUGCCCGACUAGCGUUGAGCUGUGGCUGGCCCUGGCCCGGUUAGAGACGUAUGAGAACGCCCGCCGUGUCCUGAACAAAGCUCGAGAGAACAUUCCCACAGAUCGCCACAUCUGGAUCACCGCCGCCAAGCUGGAGGAGGCUAAUGGCAACACGCAGAUGGUGGACAAGAUCAUUGACAGAGCCAUCACGUCUCUGCGCGCCAAUGGUGUGGAGAUUAACAGAGAGCAGUGGAUUCAGGAUGCAGAGGAGUGUGACAAAGCAGGUAGUGUCGCCACCUGCCAGGCCGUGAUAAGAGCAGUCAUUGGGAUUGGAAUUGAAGAAGAGGACUGCAAACACACCUGGAUGGAGGAUGCAGAUAGUUGUGUUUCCCAUGGAGCGCUGGAGUGUGCCAGGGCUAUCUAUGCUCACGCUCUGCAAGUGUUCCCCAGUAAGAAAAGUGUCUGGCUUCGAGCUGCCUACUUCGAGAAAAGUAACGGCACCAGGGAGUCUUUGGAGAACCUGCUCCAAAGGGCGGUCGCUCACUGUCCCAAAGCAGAGGUCCUGUGGCUGAUGGGGGCUAAAUCGAAGUGGCUGGCUGAGGAUGUGCCUGCAGCCAGAAGUAUCCUCGCUUUGGCCUUCCAGGCCAACCCGAACAGUGAAGAGAUCUGGCUGGCUGCUGUCAAGCUGGAGUCUGAGAAUAAUGAAUAUGAGAGAGCCCGACGACUGCUGGCCAAAGCCCGCAGCAGCGCCCCGACAGCCAGGGUAUUCAUGAAGUCAGUGAAGUUGGAGUGGGUGUUGGGAAACAUAGAGGCUGCACAGGAGUUGUGCACAGAAGCCCUGAAACACUACGAGGACUUCCCCAAGCUUUGGAUGAUGAGAGGCCAGAUAGAAGAGCAAUGUGAAAACAUGGACAAGGCCAGAGAGGCGUACAACCAAGGGUUGAAAAAGUGUCCCCACUCAGUGUCCCUGUGGUUGCUGCUGUCUCGUCUCGAGGAGAGAAUAGGACAGCUCACCAGAGCCAGGGCAAUCCUGGAGAAAGCCCGACUCAAGAACCCCCAGUGCGCUGAGCUUUGGUUGGAGUCAGUGCGUCUAGAGUUCAGGGCCGGGCUGAAGAACAUCUCCAACACACUGAUGGCAAAAGCCCUACAGGAGUGUCCCAAUUCAGGUAUCCUGUGGGCUGAGGCGGUCUUCUUGGAAGCCAGACCUCAGAGGAAGACUAAGAGUGUGGAUGCUCUGAAGAAGUGUGAACACGAUCCUCAUGUCUUGCUGGCUGUGGCCAAGUUGUUUUGGAGUGAACGCAAGAUCACCAAAGCCAGAGAGUGGUUCUUAAGGACAGUCAAGAUUGAGCCAGACCUUGGAGAUGCAUGGGCUUUCUUUCACAAAUUUGAGCAGCAGCAUGGCACAGAGGAACAACAAGAAGAGGUGCGCAAGCGGUGCGAGAAUGCUGAACCCCGCCAUGGAGAGCUGUGGUGCGCCGAGUCCAAACAUGUCCUGAACUGGCAGAAGAAGACAGGAGAGAUCUUAGCGGGGGUGGCCGGCAAGCUCAAGAAUACCUUUUAAGACUUGAAAAUUUGGACUUGAAACACCUGGAGAGCCCUGGCAGUCACAAGUCUGGCAGGAAGCAGCCAUGGACAUGCUCGACUGUUGUUCUCCACAUGAAAUGGCCCAUCUGUGGCAGAUACAAAAACACAGACUGACGUUUUUCUUUCUUUCUUUCUUUUUUUUUUUUUACAAAAUUGAACCCAACUGUGUGAACUUAACAACAUUAAAAAAAGGACGUUAAAGUGAAACAAUUCUCUAAAAAUGUAUCAUUUAGUACAAAUAUAAACCACAAAUCACAUGUAACCCUGUUUUAGUAAAUAGUCUUACAGUUUGAAGUGACUGUGUCUGUUGUCUUUCAAGUAGAAUGAAGACAGCAGUCUGUAGUUCUGAAGCCCUCACACACAUCAAGGUCUGGGUGUUAUUCAGCUGUCCCAGAAAGUAGAUAACUCUGUUUGUAUGCCAUCCACGUGUGGCUUUGAUUUAAUAUGCACGUUAUCUUGCUUAGAAAUAAUUUCCCCAAGUCCAUUGCUGUCUGGAAAUUCAUUGUAUUUUGAUGUAAUCAUGCUACUCUCUGCCCCCAGAAGGCUCACAGAGAAGAUUACCUAAAGUUCCAAGUUGCCAUGGUGCUCAAAUGUGUACAUGAUGUGUCUCUCAAACUGGUUUACUAAGCAUAUCCCCUGAAAUAUAGUUUUCUAUGAUUGAUUUCAAUUUGUUCUCACUAGACCAGCAUCAUCUACACAGCUGCAGUCUUCCACAUGCCUCCCAGCAAAUGCAGAUGAAACAGGAUUUCUUUACUUCUCCUUGCAACACUGCCAUAGAGCUGCACCUAGUGAUUCACCCAGGCAACCGUUUUUGUUGAAAUAAAUCUCUGUGUUACUAAAGAGAACCAUUCCCAGAGUUCUGUGAAAGUUCAUGAACAUGCAAAUCAACUGUAAUUCCAUUUGAUGAGAACCUUUUGGAAUUUGAUCCCACAGGUCUCUGGUUUGGUUUGGCUUUUUGUCCAUGUGGUACGUUUCCACACAAUACUUGAGGGAAACCAGUUCUGUUGUUUUAUAUUUGUACUAAAUCUAGAACAAUUCAUUGAUUUGUGUUGGCAUUCAAAUCACAGUGGUGUAUUUCAGAAUGUACAAAAAAAACAUAAGAUGUGAAAAUGAUAACCUCUUUUCAGAGAGAUGUACACUAAACAGGAGGUUGAUUCCACAUUUGAAGUAAUUUUGACCCAACUUUAAAUGUAUGAAGUUUCAGUUGUAAUUGACUGUUUUCUCUUUUGCUAAAAAACAAACAAAAAAUAAAAUAUCUUCAUUCUGUUUUUGAGGAAUUUAA